GAAACGAGGACGAAGAUGCCUUCCGGUCGGGAGGGAGGAGGUGACGUUGGGAGCGGAGGCCGGCUGGAUCCUCCGGGAGCCCUGGGGACGUUGUAUGUGUGGGCCUGCCGAUCGCGUCACCAGUCGGCGACUGCGCCUUGGCUGUGGUGGCCGAGGCGGCGGAGGCGAAGGCGGCAGCGGCGGCGACAGCUCUGGGGUUUGCGUCUCGGGGUGUGUCGGCCGCCGCUGCUGCUUCGGCUUGGUAUGUACAAAUGGCUGGUUAGGAUUCUCGGCACCAUUUUCCGCCUCUGCGACCGGUCGGUGCCCCCUGCUGCCCGGGCCCUGCUCAAGAGACGGCGCUCGAACAGCACUCUGUUUUCUACAGUGGACACUGAUGAAAUACCAGCCAAAAGACCAAGAUUAGAUUGCUUUAUUCACCAAGUGAAAAACAGUCUCUACAAUGCUGCCAGCUUGUUUGGAUUCCCAUUCCAGCUGACCACAAAGCCCAUGGUAGCUUCUGUAGCUUCUGCUUGUAACGGAACACGGAAUGCGGCCCCUUCAGGAGAGGUAUUUUCGAACUCUUCAUCUUGUGAACUGACAGGUUCCGGAUCCUGGAACAACAUGCUGAAACUGGGUAAUAAAUCUCCUAAUGGAAUAAGUGAUUAUCCAAAGAUCAGAGUGACAGUAACUCGAGAUCACCCUCGCAGAGUCCUACCUUCCUUUGGUUUUACUUUGAACUCAGAAGGCUAUAAUAGAAGACUAAGUGGCCGCCGCCAUAGCAAAGGCAAUCCAGAGAGUUCUUUAAUGUGGAAACCUCAGGAGCAGGUGGUAACAGAGAUGAUGAUUGAAGAGGGUGGCAAGGGUCUGAGGCGUCCCCAUUGUACUGUGGAGGAGGGUGUUCAAAAAGAGGAAAGAGAGAAGUACCGAAGGUUAUUGGAGCGACUUAAAGAAGGUGUUCAUGGAAGCUCUGUUCCUCCUGUCACUUCAACUCAUCAUAGUUCUCAAAGAUGUCACAUGGAUACAUUAAAGACCAAAGGCUGGGGGGAAGAGCAAAGUCAUGGAAUUAGACCAACUCAAUUUGUUCCAAAACCAUAUAGAGCUGCUGAAACAAGGGGACCUCUAUGUCCAAUGAGGAGUGAAAAGAGGUGUUCCAAGGGGAGAAUUUCAGAUAUAGAAAAGACAGUUGGAAUUAGACUUGAAAAUGAAGGUAGAAGGGGACACCAGUUGGAACCUGACCUGUCCGAAGAAGUGUCAGCCCGACUCCGCCUGGGCAGCGGGAGCAAUGGCUUAUUCAGGAGGAAAAUCUCAACACUUGACACAAAAGAAAAAAGUUGCUCAGGCAAAGAGAGAGAUAAAAGAACAGAUGAUCUUCUUGAACUUACAGAGGACAUGGAAAAGGAAAUCAGUAACGCCCUAGGCCAUGGCCCACAGGAUGAGAUCCUAAGUAGUGCUUUCAAAUUGCGCAUCACUCGAGGGGAUAUCCAGACCCUGAGGAACUUUCACUGGCUCAAUGAUGAAGUGAUUAAUUUUUACAUGAAUCUUCUCAUGGAAAGAAAUAAAAAACAAGGCUAUCCAGUACUUCAUGCAUUCAGUACUUUCUUCUAUCCCAAAUUAAAGUCUGGGGGUUACCAAGCAGUGAAAAGAUGGACCAAAGCGGUCAAUCUCUUUGAACAGGAACUAGUUCUGGUGCCUAUUCAUCGGAAGGUACAUUGGAGCCUGGUGGUGAUAGACCUAAGAAAAAAAUGUCUUAAAUAUCUGGAUUCUAUGGGACAGAAGGGCAACAGGAUCUGUGAAAUUCUCCUUCAGUAUUUGCAGGAUGAAAGUAAGACCAAAAGAAACGUUGAUCUGAAUCUUUUAGAGUGGACGCACUAUAGCCUGAAGCCACAUGAGAUUCCUCAACAGUUGAAUGGGAGUGAUUGUGGAAUGUUUACUUGUAAAUAUGCAGAUUAUAUGUCUAGGGACAAACCUAUCACAUUUACUCAGCACCAGAUGCCUCUCUUCCGGAAAAAGAUGGUGUGGGAAAUCCUUCAUCAGCAGUUGCUGUGAGAAUGCCCGGCCCAGUCCCUUAGCUGCUGGUGGUUCUUUCAUGGACGAACGUUUUCAUAUACCUCAUGCAUUGUGGGUUUAAAAGUCCCUGCACCGCCUGUUCUCACAGGUACUGAGCUGUCAGACAUGCAUGAAGGCCCUGCACCCUAGUGUUCUGACUUGGUAUGCGAAGGGCUGCUUGCGACCUGUUUGUAAGACUGUGCCUGCUCAGAGCCUGGACUAUUCAACCCACAUAGGAACAAACGCUAAUUAAUACUUUUUUUUAAAAGAUUUUCCCCCCCCUGUGAAUGUGGAAAAUGCAGGUUUUAUUCUAUGAGAUGUUGUUUUCUGUGUUUGUUCACGUGUAUUCAUUCACUCACUCAUUUGCAUACAUAAUGGGCAGUGGCUGUUUUCUGCUGCUCUUUUACAGUUAACUUUGAAUUGUUUGAACUAUUUAUUUCUGAAAAGAAUGUUAAUCAAGCUGCCAUUCUCUGCUGAAGAUGUAGAGGGAAAGCAGUGAGGGUGAGAGGAAGGAAGUGUUAAUUGACUUCUCUGACCUUGGAGCAGUAACUGCCAACUUGAAGCUGGAGGUCCUUUUUUUUUUUUUUUUUUUUUUUUUUUUUUUUUUUGAGGUUUGAAAAUGCCAGGAGAAGUGCUGGGUGUGGGGCUCUGAUUGCCUUUCAGAGGAAGGCAGAGACUCCGGCACCGGCACUGGCAAGGUGUCGGAAAGUGGGACUGAGGCCAAGAGACUCUGGCUGCCUAAGCAUCUUCCGAAAACUGUGAUGGUCAUCUAGAGAGAUUUCCUUUCUGGAAAUGAGGUGACUGCUGCUCUUGAAACUGGAUUUGAAGUAACUAAACCCUGAUCUUCAUUUGCACCCUAGAUCUGGUUGAGGAUAAACCUCAGAAUUGUAAGGGCUGGCCUGAGCUGUUUAUUUCAAAAGGGUCUAUUCAACUUAAAGCUAUUUUUCCCUCAAAGUUUUUUGUUUUUUUUUUCUUCUAUAUAGAAAGCUGAAAUUAAGUUUUGUAUUCAUUAGGAUUUACAUCCCCCACCCCCUCCUUCCACCCCUACUGAAAUUUGUGGAAGAAAAUUUAGUACUUGGCUCUGAGGUUACAACAAUCUAUUUUGCAUAUGAAAGUUUGUAUUUAACUUUUUUGUUCAUUAAAAACUUUACAGUGGUUAUGCAUUUUUAAUUUCAGAAAGUUUAGAAUUGGUCAAAACAUAUUUUGCAAGAUCUAGUGCCUAGUGUUGCUUUUCCGAUGUAAUAAAAGGUUGCCUGGCAGAACUUGAAAA